AUGGCAAAAACUAUGAGGACUUGGCAUUACUCCGCCAUCCAUCCAUCCAAUACCUCCUUCGAGGAGGAACAACUCGUUUUCGGCGGCUAUGCUAUGAUCAACCAGAGAGGCACCCUCAGCCAGUAUUGCGUGAUCCCCAUGGCGAAUGUCGCGCCUUUGCCAGAGGGGGUCGACCCGGAUCACGCGGCGGCGGUGGGCACAGCCGCGACGACGGCUUACCAGUCCCUCAUGCCAAGCACCCUCCGAGCCGGCGCGAGGGUCUUCAUAAACGGCGGAAGUGGCGGGACAGGGACCAAGCGAUACUUGAAACCCGGGGGGACGUUCGUUUUGGUUGGUGUCGGCGCGGACAUGUCGCUUUCCGGCAUCUUCUCCACCCCGGUCAAGCAGCUGCGCCCCGCAUUCUACUUCGUGCAGCAGAAGAACGACCGAAAUUUCUUCGAGCAAAUUGGACGGCAAGAUUGCAUUGCACCCAUCGGGGCGAGCUUCAAGAUUCCAGGAAUCGUUACCAUCGGCCCAGAGUUCAAGCUAGUCUCCUCGGUCGAGGGCCGGGUCACGAUCGAUGCCUGUGGACUGACGUUCUGCCCCGUGCUCGCCAGAGACGCGCGAAUCGACUUCUCGGUCGCCAAAUGGGACCACUCCCAGCGGUACCCCGCCGACAAGGAGGCGUACCUCGACCCGGACAAGCACGAGCCCGACAAGCCGUCGUUCUCCACAUCCGACGGCAAGGCGGACAGCUCCAUGAAGCUCAACUGGCAGGUCACGGCGGAUGGCGUCGUCGAACUUCACCUGUGA